CGCCGAGGCCGUUGUUGUCAGUUGCGUCUCGGAGUUGCCGCAGCGGCUGGGCCCGGUGGAGCGUAAGCCAACCAACCGGCCAGCCUGCUAGGCGAGAGGCAGGAGUCGCCCCAGCCGUCGCCCCCGAUCCCCCGCGGUCCAGGCGAGGUUCCCCACUGCUCCCUCUGGAGUCUUCGGCCCUUUCCCUCCCUUCCUGCCUUGCUCCCCGUCCCCUCUGCCGCUCCCGAGGGCAGUCGUGGGUGCUGCCCAUGCAGGGGGCGGCGUGGGGCCCGAGGAGACGCCACUGCUGCAGGCAAGGUGGAGGUCUCAAACUGAAUUCGCAUGGGCUUUGUUGAAGUAGACGGCUGGAUACGGAAGAGAUUAUACCAUGGCUCCAGCAGAGAGAGGCAGUAAGGCACCCUUGGCAAUGACAGUGGACUAUUUAUUUGCAUCAGACACUCUUAUAUGAAAGGAUCACGUUUCCAAAGAGCUUAAAUAUUCCAUCUUCUGAAACAGAAUGGCAGGCUUCAAACGAGGAUAUGAUGGGAAAAUCGCAGGAUUAUAUGACUUGGAUAAAACUUUGGGCAGAGGCCAUUUUGCUGUGGUCAAACUUGCUCGGCAUGUCUUUACAGGUGAAAAAGUAGCAGUAAAAGUAAUUGACAAGACCAAACUGGACACGUUAGCCACUGGACAUCUUUUCCAAGAAGUUAGAUGCAUGAAAUUAGUGCAGCAUCCCAACAUAGUACGACUGUAUGAAGUGAUUGACACUCAGACGAAGCUGUACCUUAUCUUAGAGCUAGGUGAUGGAGGAGAUAUGUUCGAUUACAUCAUGAAGCAUGAAGAAGGUCUGAAUGAAGAUCUGGCAAAAAAGUAUUUUGCUCAAAUAGUUCAUGCUAUAUCAUACUGCCAUAAGCUGCAUGUAGUUCACAGAGACUUAAAACCAGAGAAUGUUGUCUUCUUUGAAAAACAAGGACUCGUGAAAUUGACUGAUUUUGGCUUCAGUAAUAAAUUUCAGCCUGGAAAGAAGCUCACCACAAGCUGUGGAUCUCUUGCUUAUUCUGCUCCUGAAAUUUUACUUGGGGAUGAGUAUGACGCACCAGCAGUGGAUAUAUGGAGUUUAGGGGUCAUCCUCUUCAUGUUGGUUUGUGGACAACCACCAUUUCAAGAAGCAAAUGACAGUGAAACUCUGACUAUGAUAAUGGACUGCAAAUACACAGUGCCACCUCAUGUGUCAAAAGAAUGUAAAGACCUGAUUACACGGAUGCUGCAGAGAGACCCAAAGCGAAGGGCGUCUUUGGAAGAGAUUGAAAACCAUGCGUGGCUCCAAGGAGUUGACCCAUCUCCUGCAACAAAGUAUAAUAUUCCUCUUGUGUCAUACAAAAAUCUGUCUGAGGAGGAACACAACAGCAUAAUACAACGUAUGGUUCUUGGCGACAUUGCAGACCGAGAUACAAUAGUGGAGGCAUUGGAAACUAACAAGUACAAUCACAUCACGGCUACUUACUUCUUACUAGCUGAAAGGAUCCUGCGAGAAAAACAAGAGAAAGAAAUUCAGACCAGAUCUGCAAGCCCUAGCAACAUCAAAGCUCAGUUCAGGCAAUCCUGGCCAACAAAAAUUGACGUACCCCAAGAUCUGGAGGAUGACCUCACGGCUUCUCCUCUCUCCCAUGCAACUGUUCCUCAGUCACCAGCUCGCACAGCUGAGAACGUUCUCAACGGCCACAGAAGCAAGGCCCUCGGUGAGUCAGCAAAGAAGGAAGAUAUCCCUGAAUUAGCUGGACCAGCACUUGCAGCAGUCCCAUCGGUGAGCUUGAAACCCACUACAAGUGGCCGGAAGUGCUUGUUCAGAGUAGAAGAAGAUGAGGAGGAGGAUGAAGAAGACAAGAAACCCAUUUCUCUUUCCACUCAAGUUGUUCUGCGCCGUAAGCCUUCAGUUACAAAUCGUCUUACUUCAAGAAAGAGUGCACCGGUCCUCAAUCAGAUCUUUGAGGAGGGUGAGUCAGAUGAUGAGUUUGACAUGGAUGAGAACUUACCCCCAAAGCUCAGCAGGUUAAAAAUGAAUAUUGCUUCACCUAGCACCGUGCACAAACGCUAUCACCGGAGGAAAAGCCAGGGACGAGGCUCUAGCUGCAGUAGCUCAGAAACCAGCGACGAUGACUCGGAAAGUAGGAGACGCCUGGAUAAAGACAGUGGCUUCACAUACUCCUGGCACAGGAGGGAUAGCAGUGAAGGGCCACCUGGCAGCCAAGGAGACGGUGGUGGGCAAAGCAAACCAAGUAACGGAAAUGGAGGAGUAGACAAAACGAGCCCAAGUGACAACAACAAAAGCGGGGGGAGUCCCUCCGGCAGCUCUGGCGGUGGCACCAACAACACUUCAGGUUCUACUCGGAGAUGCGCUGGAUCUGGAAACUCAAUGCAGCUGUCGUCUAGAAGUGCAGGGGAUGUAGUUGAAAGCCUAAAGUUAAUGAGCCUUUGCCUAGGUUCACAGCUUCACGGCAGCACUAAAUACAUUAUUGAUCCUCAAAACAGUCUGUCCUUUUCCAGUGUAAAAGUGCAGGAGAAAUCGACAUGGAAAAUGUGUAUAAGCUCUGGUGGCAACACAAACCAGGCCUCUUCGCUGGGCAACCUAAAGCUUUUUUCUGAGCGGAUGUCAGACACAGCAAACGAGCUGGAGCGGAUUAAGAGCAGGAACUUAAAGAACAGUGUGCUACAACUACCUCUCUGUGAAAAGACGAUAUCUGUGAACAUCCAGCGGAACCCAAAGGAGGGGCUGCUGUGUACCUCCAGCCAAACCAGCUGUUGUCACGUCAUUUGACGAUGACCUACCUGACUUUAAUAGCUCAAUCUACUUGACACUAUCAUUCUUCCUGUUCAGAGCUGUGAACACCUUGUCAUGGACCCCCUUUUGUUGUCUUAAGGUUUUUAAGUGGGCUUUGAGCAGUUAUUUAUUACACUUUAAUUUUGUGUUUGCUUGACAAUGCAUGGUCUUUGCAUGCUGCUAGCCAAUAUGUCUUUUCUUUUUCAACAAAACAGAACAUUUUAUUGUGUAAUUUUUACAUUUAUAAUUUUACUAUGGAAGAUCUGGAUUAAAUUAAAAUAAAUAUCUGGAUCCUAAUGUAAAUGGAGCACUUAGAAGUUUCCUGUUCUGCACUUGAACUAGAGAGAAGCUUUUGUUUGCUUGUGAAAUGUUAAUUCCUGUUCUGACCUUCUGUGAUAACUAACAAAAAUACGUGAUAACGUGGUAUACUUCCGUGUGUCUGAAACAGAACCAAAGCAAUAAUGUUUUGAUGCUGAAAACUCUUCAGGGAGCUUUCAGAUGUUCCAAGGCUUGUACAAAGCAAAGAUGCACUGACAAUUCGUGAUCUUGAAACAGGAUUUUGAACCCACGCCUGUUUGUCUUAAGCUAUGAUGUGGAUAAAGUCGCGUCACAAAAACCAAACCGAAAAGCUCUUGUUUUGUUUUGCUAGGGGCAGUUUACCUUUUUUCUUCCUU